AUGAAUAGGGGCUCCGCAAAUCCUUUGCCUGUAGCAAUUCUCGGGCGGCUCUUGGCGGGCCUUGGUGGCGCCGGGAUGGUAGAUCUUGCGUCAGUUGCUUUGAACGAGAUGGCGGAUCUACGUGAGGUGGCUGUCCUGAGAAGUUAUCUUACUGCCUGCAUCGUUCUUGGGGGACUUGUUGGUGCCCCUUUGGGGGCCUUUCUUACCAGUGUAUUGGGAUGGAGAAUAUCGUUUUUCCUCCAUAUACCGUUGGUAUUUAUUUGUGCUAUCGUCACUACAUUCAAGCUCCUUGCCGAUUCCAGGGCCUCGUCCCAAGAAACGGGCCUCGGGGAUGAAGAGAAAUGGCCAAAGAAGCCGACUACAGAUCGCCCGUCGCUCGACAUGGGAGGAAUCAUCACCUUGAGUUGCACUAUCGUCGCCUUUGUUCUUCUUAUUCAGUUUUCAUCGGAGUACGAUCUGAGCGGUGCUCGCAUGGGUAUUCCUAUAGGUCUUGGGAUUGCUUUUCUGGUCUGUGCCACACUCUUCGGCAUCGUUGAAGUCAACUGGACUAGCAACCCUGUGAUUCCGUUCCAUCUUGUGAAGACCACUCAAGUUGGUCUGAUAUGGGGUGCCACCUUCUUCUCCUCGAUGGCGAACUUUGUUAGCGGACUCUGCCUUAUACCUCUCUCAGUGGGAGCUACUAUUGGGGCAAUCCUGACUGGCAUGAUUGUGAAACGGUACGAAUCGCUUCCUGAUCCCCCUUCAGCCCAAGUCUAA